UGAAUAGAUGUCUCAACAAAAUGGCAACUUUCGUGAAAGCUGUACAAAUUUCGAAAAGUGUAAACAAUGUGACAAGAUUAUUUACGAAUUUAAUUUUGUCACAAAAUGUUAAUUCAUUUUCCAAUCCGAUGCGGCAUCAAAGAGUACCUACUUUUCAAUGUGCACUUAUUCACUCUACACCAAAGUAUAAUGACUUGAUGGAAUUUUUUGAUGUACCAAAAAAUUGGGAUAAGGAUAAAAUACCUGUAGGCCGUUCUUGGCGUAAAGAUGAAUUAAGAUUAAAAAAUAAUGAAGAGCUUCAUAAAUUAUGGUAUGUAUUAUUAAAAGAACGCAAUAUGCUGCUAACAAUGGAAGAAUACUAUAAGAAUGAAAAUAAAUAUUUCCCAAACCCUGAAAGAAUUGAUAAAGUUGAAGAUAGCAUGUUUAACUUAGAAUCAGUGGUCCGAGAAAGAAAUAAAGCUUAUUAUAUGCUUGAAACUGGAGUAACUGGAGAACGACCUGCACUAUACAAAUUUAAUCCUCUUGGACUACAUUUUAUUUAUCGAAUGCGCCAAUACUCUGUACCAAAGUUUAUGAAUACUAAAUGGAGUAAAAAACACAAGUUUGGUUAUCAGGGAUAUGCAGUGCAAAAAUUUUUGCGAUUGUAUAGAGAAAAACUUUGGAAUGAAAAACGAAAACUACGAAAUCGUCAAACUGGUAAAGUAACAACUUUGGUACGAACUUUCCCCAAUCUUGAUAUGGAUGCUGUAAAAGAACAAUAUCCAUUGGCAGAUAUAGAGAAAAUAAAGAAACGAAGAAAGGCCGAAGGACAUUUUGUACGCGACUAAAUUGUAUGAUAUUUUCUAUUUUCAAAUUUUUAAAUAUAUUACAAAAUUAUUGAAAGUAUUUUAAGUUAGACGAUAUUAAAUUACGAAAUUUAGUUCAAUUCAGACUUUAUUAUAUUUACUUUAAUAUCUACACGCCGUAAA